GAAGUGCUGCUCUGCCCACUUCCUUCUCCGCUCGGUGGUACCGAUGCGGAAGAGAACGGCGGCAGCGGGAUGUAUGUAGAGAUAAAAAAAAGUACACUGGUAUCGUCUUCCUGAUGCCACCAAUUCCUGGAAAGAAGCACAUUUCUUCUAUUCUGUUUAUUGGGGAACAACGAUGAGCCUCCUGCCUUCAGUAGGAGACGAGAACUGCUAUUACAUCCUGACAGAAGACUGUGCCUAUGGCAGCAAGUACUUCCAAGCUGGGAACAUGUGCUACUGCACCGAGAGGAGCUACCUGCGCAACUUUGCCGACGUGCCCCCAACUCGUUUCUUGAGAGUCGUCAUGCUGGAUGACAGCUCCACUGUCACCGUCAACGUGGAAAUCCUGCAGCCUGUGCGCGAGGAAAUGGCCGCCUUCCUCCUGAGCAUCAGCAGCCACAAUGAGCGCUUGAACUGCUUCCUGGAGAGGCUGAACCUUGAGGCAGCUCUGCAAGCCGUGCCAGGCCAGAGAGUGAUGGUGGAGGUCGACUGUCAACAUUUCCCCGGCGUCAUCCGCUACAUUGGGAGCAUUCAGAAAAGUACUUUGAAUGCGUUGACCCCAUUCUUCUUUGGCGUGGAGUUGCAGGAUGAGGGUGAAAACAGAGGGCGCAGCGAUGGAUCCUAUCUUGGCAUUGAGUAUUUCAAGUGUAAGCCCAAUUGCGGGAUCUUCCUGCCCUUCAGCAGAAUCCAGUUCAUUUCCAUGCUGGAUAAUGACCACGGGAAGCAGAAGCCAAAGGUGGAUGCAGAGGAAGUGGUUCCUGUGAAAGUGGGAGAUGCUGUGAGCUUCUACGUGGACGAUGUCCGCAGAAAAGGAAUAGCAAUGGCAGUUUACAGGGAGGGAACCCAAUGGUUCGUUAAAGUUUGCCCGGAAGAAGAAGGUACAACUGACAUUUUCAGAGAGAUUCCUAUGGACUCUGUUGUGAAGGAAGACUUACAUUCCCAAAGUUUAUUUCCACCAUUUGAGUCUGACAUGGGAGUGGAACACUCAAAACAAGUGAAACAACAGAUAGGUGAGAGCGGAGAUGAGUGUGAAGGCGUGAACCCGUCCCUGGAGGUGAACUCCAUGGUCCAGAUCACCUUGGACAAAGGAAACCAAGUGUCAGGAAUCAUCCGCUGGCUGGGGUACUUGCCCCACACCAAGCACAAAAUGGCAGGAGUCGAACUGGAUGAAGAUAAAGGAGUCACUGCUGGCGAAUGGCUGGGUAAAUACUAUUUCCACUGUGCUCCCAAGCGUGGCAUCUUUGUGAAGCUGCAGUCCUGCCAGCCCGACGUUCGCUUCCAGUGCUCACGCAACUGCGACCUGAGCCUCGUAGAAUAUAGAAAGCAGGAAGAUGUUCCCCACAUUCCGCUCAGUUUUCCUCCUCUAAGGAAUGAAGAAGCGGUGCACAUCCUACGAGGAAGGAUGAAGGGGAUCCAGGGCCACUGCAAUUCCUGCUACAUGGAUGCAGCACUCUUUAGCCUCUUCUCCUGUACAUCCGUGCUGGACUCCAUGCUCUUCACACCCUUCCCAUUGUGUGAUAGGAAUGUCCAGAACAUUCUGCGGGAUGAGAUCGUGAACCCUCUCCGAAAGAAUGGCUUUGUAAUGGCUAGGAGUGUGAUGCACCUGAGGGAGCAGCUAACUGAGAAGGGCCAAUGCUCAAGCUUUACCAAUGCAGAGAAAGAUCCGGAGGAGUUCCUGAACCUCAUAAUGCAUCAGGUCCUGGGAAUAGAGCCACUCUUGAGACUGCAGUCAGGAGCCCAGAAGGAGCAGGACUGCUACUGCUACCAAAUAUUUAUGGACAAACAGGAGGACCUAGUGGUUCCUGAUGUGCAGCAGUUGGUGGAACACUCCUUCCUGUCUUCAGAUCUGAAGCUAGUGGAGAUCCCAUCUUGCUUCAUUAUUCAAAUGCCACGAUUUGGGAAGGAAUAUAAAAUGUUCAGCAAGAUCAUCCCUUCCUUAGAGCUGGAUAUCACCGAUCUGCUGCUGGACAGUCCCAGAGAGUGCUGUGUGUGCAGUGACGUUGCCACCUGGGAGUGUUCAAAGUGUUUCAAAGACAAAAUAUUCUCACCUACGGGUCUGAAGCAGUUCUGCAGCACCUGCUCCAAACAGGUUCACUCCCACUACCGACGCAAAACACACAAACCAACCAGGCUGCACGUCCCAGAAGAAUUUCGUCGCCGCAGUUCCCGGGGCAGCCAGGAGGUUCCUCGUGAGAAGAUGGAGCUCUUUGCAGUGCUAUGCAUUGAGACCAGCCAUUACGUCUCCUUUGUGAAAUAUGGCCCCGAGAACGAGCACUGGAUGUUCUUUGACAGCAUGGCUGACAGGCACGGUGGUGAGAAUGGCUUCAACAUCCCCACCGUAACACUGUGCCCUGAAGUUGCCAAAUACCUGGACUUGCCACUGGCCAUGCUGGCCCUGGAGCAGCCCCGAGACAUGGACGGAGUGGCCAAACGCCUCUUCUGUGAUGCCUACAUGUACAUGUACCAGAGCAAGAAGAUGGCACUGUACAAGUGAUGCUGCCUUGUGUUGGUACUUCAGAGCAGUAAUGCGAGCUUGGACUCGUUAGUACUGAAAGCAUCUAAAUCUGGUGCACUGAACGCACACCUCUGCCUCUUUUUACCUCUUGCAGUGUCUGUAUUGAGCUGUAUGAGCCUCUCUGGUUUUGUAAAUCCAGUGCCAGGUUUCAUGCAGCAAUAGUUUGUACUGCCUGCAGAGCUGCACACUGAAUUCUUUACAUUCAAAUUCAUUAUUUCCUACUUUCCCUUAACCCGCCUUCCUCCCUAUAUGGUACUCUGCAACUCUGCUCUACCUCAGAGUCCUGUCCAACAUCCUUUCCUUCUUCCAACACCGAGGACCAGCAUCUCUUAAUGGAAACGUGAACCCUUCAUGUUUGCAAAGGGCACUGGAAGAUCACAGCUCUGCCCCAUGUAGCACUUCCCCAUAUGGACUUGAAGAGUGAGAAAAGCACUGUGUAGUUGAGAUGUCUCAGGAAAAUAGUUUUUCUUGGGGUCUGGGAUCUGAUCCCGCACUUAAAGCCGAGCCUCUGAUUUGUCUUCACUUCCCUUAUCCAGAACUAAUACCUCUGGCACUUUCACCCACCAUCAAACUGAGGUUCAUUAGCUAUCUUGAGCUGCAAAUACACUUUAAAAAAUGUUAUUUUUGUAGGAACAAAUUUGGGAAAAUUACAGGGCAGAGGAACAGAAGGUGGGCAUGAGACUCCAGUGUGUUGUCACCCUGUGAAAUCUACAGGAUGCGAGGUGUUGUAACUUCUCUUCUAGCACUUGCUGUCCCAUCCACUUCUGAAAUCUGCACCAGAGAACAGGAACAGUAUUUCAGGGGAAAAAUGGAAGAAUUAGCACUUUUUUUUUUUUUUUUUUUGGCAAUGACAGCAGGAAGGGUUUAUGUGUGGGAACAGGUAUUCUUUAAGUCAAAUAAUGUACAUUUGCAAAUUGUGGGUUGUCUGCCAUUAAGCACAUGCUGUCAUGGCAGCAGGAAGGUGUUUUGGGAUUCUGUGCUGUGAGUCAUUUUACCCAGGUUCUGGAUGGCACAAAAGCCCUAGAGGAAUACAUGCAAGAGCCACAGCCACAACCUGCUUCCUGCCCUAUUUUCCUUUUAACACAGGGUGCAGUAAUUUCGUCCCAUGACCCCUUUGGCUUGGGCCACACAGCAGUUUAGUGGGGAUCGGGUUCUUUUUUUUGCUUGAAGAAGGGUUGUGAUGCUCAGUGGAACUCAUCUUGAUAGCUUGUAUCAGCUUUCGUCCCUCACAUCUGUAUGUGGUCGCUUCAAAGGAUGGAUGGAGGCUUCAAGGCAUGGAUGGAGUGUAAUGAGCCCAUUAAUAAUACACACUGUGUUGAGAUCACUGCUGUCUAAUUUGGCUCCCAGACGUAGCACUGAGGUCUCGGUGUUGAGUUGCUCAAGAGUUUUCAAUAGUCAGUUUGCUGCUCCAGUCUUUUGGGUCUGGAGUUUGCCUUUGCUGAGCAAUUGAACCUCAGGAAGUCAACCAUGAGCCAGUUCUGGGCCUUGUGGUUUAAGAAGAGACAGGGACAGACUGGAAAGAGUCCAAUGGAAGGCCAUGAAGAUGCUGUAGGACUUGGAGGAACUCAGGAGCUUGCUGUGCCCAUCAGGGAGCACUGCUGUGGCAGAAUGUUGGUAUCAGUCGUUGAGAAUUGUGGAGUUUCCUUGAAGUUCUUCAAUAAUCCCGUGGCUACAAUCCUCAGGAAUUUGCUCCUGGUGUCCCUGUUUGAGCAGAGGUUGGACCAGAGGACAUCAAGAGGUGCCUUCCAAUCUCAACAACCAUUGGGUGAGCUAACAUUUGUAUAGGGAGCCUUAAUGCACUCAUCAUGAAUGCCUGAUACCAAAGCAGUGUGAAGACUCUCAUGGAUGGAAGAGGUGGUGAUAGAUUAUCAGCAGGCCAUUCCAAGGAACUUGAGAUCUGAUGGUUGAUUCCGUGGGCUCUCCUUUGUGGCCGUGGAGAGGUGGUGAUGGGAUGGAGCAUGCUGCUGUCGCACUGUUUUAUCUGUUUAAUGUCACUCUUUGUUACAGAGUUGUUGUAAGAACUCAAGGAAGUCUCUUCUCAGGAGUACUGUGGACAAAGUUUAAUAGCAAGAAGUGUUUUCUUCUCUCUGAAAGUGAUGAGAUACAGUGCCUUACAACCCUAGCAGCAGCACCAUCCUCUUGGCUGUUUGUUUAAGUGGGACACGAUCAGACUUGACUGUAGUUUGUUUUUGUUUUUUCUUUUGCCAUGAACAAGCACUGCAAAGAUCUGAAAAUAGAGAAAGAAAAAACACACACAAAAAAUCCACCACCAUAAAUACAACAUUUCUUAUCCAGACUUUUGCUGGGAAUGGGUGCAAGUCUUUUCAGUGUGGGGCUCAGUUUUUGGCUGUACAAUUCCAAAGCUUGGCAAAAAGGAUUUAAAAAUACGUCUGUAUUACAAACCUGAACAGGAUUAGAGAAGAACACACACAGCUCAGAAAGGCACAUGAUUUAUUCUUUGACAUUUUUAUCCGUUCCACCCAAUGUUUCUGGAUGGUAUUUGAUUAAAAACUUCCACUUGUUGCUGCUGGCCCAUUGGUACUCCCAGUGACAUUCCAAAGGCUUUGGUGCUAGAAUUAGGUG